CAGAGCUGGGGAGUGUCGAGUGGGGCACUUCCAGUUUGUCAAUAAUGCCGUCCGUCGUUUGGUCCAUGGCAUAAGACUGUUCGAACGCGAGUCAUGGUGGAACCUCGGGAAUCAAAUAGCUGUUGGUACCUGAAGCCCUCAAGAGGAGCUCAGAGUCUCAAGUGGCAGGAAUCGUGAGCUCCUUCUGCCACUAUUUCGGUGGAACGUGUGAAGGCUUUCGUUGCAGCUGCUGUAGAACUGUACGAUGUUUGGUGUUCGGUCGAGUCCGUUGUGGGAAAACAUUGACACUCCCCGGGAAAAGCAGUGUCACUGACGGUUGUUUCCUCUGAGCUGGCUACAAAAUUGCACCGCUGCUGGUAGCGAUGAGUGGUGCUGCCUUUGCUCCAGGAAUCUGCCCCGUGCCAUUGUCUUCGUUUCCGACUGAAAAUUGGGACCGCCACUGUACGUUGAAACGAUUUGAGAAGAGAUUUAUCCUUGCUUGUACAACAACUUCUCUGCGCAGAGCUUGCAGCGGGGGACACUAUUGGAAUUAUGCACACAGGCCAUUCGGAUCUGAAGUCGAAGGAAUUAGUGAGGAGCAGGAUUAUUCUGGGAGAAGGACGGUAGGCGUGUUUUGGGACUUAGACAACAAGCCCCCCGUUCUGGUGCCUCCUUUCGAUGCCGCCAUGAGGUUGAGGAGUCUGGCAAGCGAAUUCGGGGAGGUGGUGGAUAUGGUGGCUUACGCCAACAAGAAUGCAUUUACUUAUGUUCCACCCUGGGUUAAGGAGCAGAGACAGGAAAGGAGGUUGCUGGAUCAGUUGGAGGUGAGAGGACUGGUUAAAGUGGAGCGCCCGUAUAUCUGCAGGCUCUGCGGUAGAAUGUGCAAGACUAAUGUUGCUCUGAGGAGGCAUUUCAAGCAAAUGCACGAGAGAGAGCGAGAAAGGAAAUUGGCAUAUUUAAAAACGCUUAGAGGUAAGAGGCGAGCUAAGUUCCUGAGUGACCUUGCAGAGCAGGAAAUCAAAUACAAAGCAGCAGCCCGGAGAGUGUUAGUACCAAAAUCUGGAUACGGAUUGGGUUCAGAGCUGAGAAGGGCAGGCGUAGAUGUGAGAACGGUCGAGAGCAAGCCUCAAGCCGCUGAUGAAGCCCUGAAAAAGCACAUUGCCAAUUGUAUGAACAAGGGAGUCGAGUGUAUCUGUCUGUUAUCAGAUGAUUCUGAUUUUUUAGGCAUUUUGAAGACUGCAAAGAGUAAGGGCUUGAAGGUUGUGGUGGUAGGAGACACUUUUACUCUGGAAAAAGUUGCGGAUUUCAGUUUUUCGUGGCAGGAUGUUGCUUCUGGAAUAUAUGUAUAUGAUGUGUAUCGUUCCAGGGACAGAGGAAGAUUUAUGACUGGUGUUGAACCGAUCAGUUUCGAAGCGAGAGUGGAUCAUCCCAAAUGCUGGAUGGUAAUUGAAAGAACAUGACAGCAUCUUGACGAAGAGGUGUCGAAGAUCACAGACUCUUCAACUGCAAUGCUUGACUCGAAUACCAGAUCGGAUUUUCUGGAUAUUCAUAAAUACAAGAUUGUUUGCGGUACUGCUGGGAGCCUUCGAAUAUAAAAGGCCUCGUCCUCAACGUUUAUUAAUGGUGGGCUGAUCAGAAUCAAUGUACAGGAGGAACCUCUCCAAAUUUCGAUAACUAGCCAGAGUUAAAUCUUGGGCGUCUGGUAGUAAUCAUAACAGUUGGUUUGAUAGUUAUGUCAGAUAGAGGGAACGUUCGUGUUGUACAGUUUUCCAAGCAGGAUCCCAAAGGGAGAGCAACUUCUGUCCACGGGACUCCUAGUACUUGACCCGAAUUUUUACUUCAAAUGGAGUCGAGGUUUCGUGGUCCAGAGGCAUACUUUGUAUUUUCCUUUUCGGUCCACAUAACAGUCACCUUCUUUUUUAAUCUAAUUACCCCCAACAGCGAAGUGCAGCCUUCAAGCUGGGAUACGAACGACUUGCCUUGGCUAGGCACUGGUCUCGGAGUCUACUCACGAUGUUCUCAAAGCUGACCUCUGGAUGAUAAUUUUUUCUCCCACUGAAAACCAGAAAGAGGAAAGGAAUGGAAUUUAAACCCAGAAUGCGAAACCCGAGUAUUGUUAUGGGAUUUAAACCCAGGUCAA